CUUGUUUUUCAUUCAAAGACGCCAGCCGGGGAGACGGCGAGCGGCGCCGCGGAUUCGGAGCCGAGGCCGAGACGGAUAUGCCAGCAACUACGUAGGUGUGUCCACACACCGUGCGAGAUCGCCCACCGGGCACCAUAAAAGACAAAGGCCAUGCGCGCAGCAAGCUCCAUCUCUCCCUUGCAGCCACACUUCCUCCCACCAUGAGCCAACCCGCCCUCCAAGGCGCCGCUGCCCUAGCGGUCUGGGGCAGCGUGUCGAGCAACGAAGUCGACGAAGCAGCCCUGAACGACUGGUGGACGAACGAGCACCUGCCCGAACGCAUGUCGAUCCCGGGCUUCUUGCGCGCAAGACGAUACAUGGCGCGCGACGAAGCGGCGUCCGCGUCCGGGACGACAAUAACGCGAUACCUAACGCUUUACGAAACGGAGGAUGUGCACACGCUUACGUCGCGGGAGUAUAUGGCUGCUGUGAGCAAUCCUACCCCCGGGACGAGGCUUUACCUCCCUCGGUUGCCUUCGAUGGAUCGCGCGGCGUGUAGAGUUGCGUAUUCCGAGCGGCGGGCGGAGUUCGCGCACGCAGCGUGGAAGACCACGGGCGCGCUGAUGGGGAUGAUGGAGUUCAUCGUCCCCGAGUCCAACACCGUCGCCGACGCAGUCGAAGCGAUCAAACCCGCCUUCACGCAAUGGGCGCAAAACGAGCGGAGUUUGAUGUCGUGCAGCCUGCUCGUGGAGGACGCGGAGGCCUCUGCCCCGGGGAAUGGAAGCCAGGCGCACUUGAAUGGGAAUCUGGGCUCGGCGGCACAACGAGAGGGAGGCAGUCGGUGUAUGUUGUUGCUGGAGUUUGCCAAGACGUUGCAGCCUUUGGUGCAGGAUAUGGGGGUUUUUCUGGAUCAGUCGCCGUUCUUCGAUGGGCCGAAGGUGAUGCGCUUUUACCAGUUUGUUGCGGGGAUUGGGGCGUGAGUUGAUGAUUGUGAUGAGGCAUGCAAUGGAUCGUUGUUCAUUACGG